GGGGGGGGGGGUAAUUGCUAAUAAGAUGAAAUGUAUCAUACGCGAUGAGCAUAUUUUUCAAAUCUGCAGGCAAAGACUAACUCCGACUAUACCCUUAUAUCGUCUGCUUCUAUUAAGCAAAGUGCCCCCUUAUAGCAACCAAAGGACUAUUCUAUGAGCCAUUUUUGAGUGAAAACGCUGCGUAAAACGGGGAGUUGAAUUAAGGCUUACACCAGCAAUCAGAGCCGUUGUUGUCUUAAUUUUGAUAAUGAUUAAUUUUUAGCGAAAUUAAUCGUGGUCAUUAUGUGUUGAGAUCUAACACAUAAUAACAAUAAUAAUAAAAAACUUAUAUGCUUUGGUCGUCACCAUUGACAUCACUAAUUAGCUUAAAGCCGACAUACAGAAUUAUGGAUUUGUUAAGUACUCCAUCUGUGCAACUUCUUUAUAAUACAUUAUAACUACCUAGCUUACAUCGGUAGCAAUGAAAAAUAAACUCCUGAAAUGAAAAAUAAGAAUGUUGCCUAACAUGAUAUCGGACGCGUCUAAAGAUGUUUAUCAUCACCCCACUAAAUAUUUCUCUAUUCGUAUGGCCAAAUCUUCUUCUCGGACAGAGUGAAUUUGUUUUGUACGUUAGCGGGUUGAUGCAGAUAACAGGGGUACUUCCAUGUCGAAAGAAGACUCCUCGAUCCUGUGACCAGGUUCACGAAUAAGAGAUGGUUUAGCGGAAUCAACGAGCUUUUGUCAACUUUGACCCAAGUCAACAGCUUACUCUUCAAAUGAAUUGCAGUUGAUCACAAUUAGGAUAGAUCGAUAAUGAAGGCCUCUUUAGCGAACUGCGUGGGUUUUUGUCGCGGAAACGACUACUAUGGUCAUAAUGGGCAGAGUCUUUCGGAUAUAGCCAGGCAGCAUACGUUUGAUCCUCAUUGUGUAUUCGUUACCAUGCAGUUGAUCUGUUAGCGACAAAGUUCCGCAAAUAAGAAAGUGCGAACUUCGUGUGGAUCAAAGCUUUUGGUAGGCUCUCUGUUGCUUUAGUACCAACAAAAUUUGUAGACAAGAAUAUGGCAGUCUCAUUUACGGCGGUUGAGUUACGGUGACGACUGGUAUUUAGUCUAGAAGUUAUCGUAAUAUAAACAUAUCAAUAUUAUGUAUCGAAACAGUAGAAGAUAUUCACCUUGUUACCCUCAUCACCAGCAUCGAGAAUCGGUAAUAUCGGUGUUAAUGACUAAACGAUCAAUCUAUCUAUUGAAUGCUAUCAUAUUGUUUCAUUGUUGACCCUAGUACUACGAGAAAACCUCAUCGCGCCAUCUUAGCUCCUCCCCCGUCUUCAACCUGCUGCUUUGCUACGGGUCUAUAUUUUUAUCGCCGAUCAUACGAUUAUUAAGCUUGUAACCUAGUGACCGAAUGGACUUGUUGUCAUUGCGUUGUUACGCUGCGUGGUCCCAAUAGUCGACUAAGUGCGUGAACUGUGCUCAGUUAUUUUGCGUGUCUUUAGGUGGCUUUGCCCACUAGAUGGAAUGUGACGUUUAUUCCGUCGCUUGGAACGAAAUGUUGCUGAUUGACAGCUUGCUACCUCGAAUGUCGAUGAUGACUCGGUGUUGGCCAUCGAGGAGUAUCUUUGUUUCCAUCAAUGGCGCGAAAGCCGCCUGCGGCCGUUGCUGCUGUUAUAGUUACGUUAAGGACCAACACUGUUAAGUGCAUAUAUAUACCUACACAUAUAUUGUGUAUAUACUGUGCAUAUAUACAUAUAUUGUGUAUUUGAAACGCGAGUGAAUAAGUGAACUCAACGUUAUUGCUGCUGCUAUAGGUCUGUUGCUUAAUUUUACUUGCUUUUCGUUAACAAAGAGCUAGCGAAUUCAGGACCUAAGCGAUUAUCCACGUCUGUCAGAUAGAAAGCUCGACACUACGAGUGAAGCGCCUGUUCCUGUCUGCAAAUUUUUAUAGGAACCUCGUGUAAACACUCAGUAAGGCUGAUCGUCUUGUCAACCCACUGAGAACGCGUAUUCACUUGCAGGCAAACGUUUUUUAAACCAGUUUGAUAAUUUAAUACAAGCUAGACCUUUAUACCGUUUAGGAUGAUUGUUAAUAUUUAUAGAAACCUGUUGGCGGACUUGGGUCGUCCACCGAGCUAGCCACCAAGACUAUCUAGUUUACCAAAGCAUUGCAUUCGAACUAACUGUCUAAGUAAAAAAACAUGGAAUGGACGUACGUAAAUAGAGCCGAAACGUCCGCUAGGAUAAAAAAUCUUCGCAAAUAGUUGGAAUGGUGGCUUAAUUUGGAGUCAGAAAGCAAUAGACAAUACAUACGAACACAUAGUAGACAUCUGAUUAGAUACAGUUUGUGUUUCAGCUAUUAUAUUGAAGUACUUUGAAUUACAAAAAUCAGCAUUAUAUAAAACGUUACUGGAUGUAGAUAAUACUCUGAUUACGCACUUAGUUGAGGAACUCCAGAAGCGUAUGCUAUGUUAAGAGUGAGAAAAUACACGUGUUAAUUUUUUUGGUCACAUAAUAAUUGUAUUCAGUGUUCGACGCAAGGUAACCAAGGUGUCGCUUUCCUACCCUUCGCAUAAUCGAACUUCUCCCGGGAACCUGUAAGGAACACCCGUUAACUAACUAUGUUUUGAUUUCCAAGUGACAUCACGCACCGAAGCUACGCUUUGAGGGUUUUAAAGUUUUCCGUAGCAGUCAUCCAUUGUGGGGUGAAAACGUCAACCUUCUAGCUAGGUACAAUGGUACAAACCAGUGCCUGAUUAGCAGGAGAAGACAAAUGAGAUUAAAAAAGUGAAAUGGUUUUUACGCAUAUUAUGUAUAGUGUAUAUACCGUGGACCCAACCAGAUACAUUUUGUGGUAACAAAAUAAAUGCAAUUGACACAAGUUUCUUCUUUUUUUAACAAAUAGUCUUUAUUACCUUGAAUAUACAACACAUGCCUAUAGAAAUAUUGUUAUGUAUUUUUUCCUUAUCAAUCUAGUUCGUUAAUUCGCCAUUGUACCCGCCAACAGUACUCAAUAGUGCCAUUGUGAGCUGGGUUAUUUUACAUAGUCUGAGCUAAACUACGAUCAGGCAGAGACAUCAUGAAUAUCUUACAUGCAAGGUAAAUCAUAGUACAGACCAUUCACAAACAUUUCAGUAUUAUUCAAGCCAGUAGCGUGUCGUCUGACUGCAUCGGUGCACUAGGUUAUGUCUGAAAGAGCUCCAUAAAUGAAACUAGCCCUUGAUAUGUUUCACUCGCACUUGAAGCUUUUUUAAUCAGGUAAAGGGCCGCUUGAACGGUAUAGGAAACGGUUAGAAGAAGCCUUUUUUUGACGACAAAAAUACAUCGUACAUUUUUCUAUCGUAUGAGUUUUACUUAAGUUCUUUUUUAUAGACACGCUAUGUAUCACUCUAUAUACAAGUGAUAUUAUUCUUUACCUCUUUUAGUUUGAGAAAGUAAAUGAAUUGCCUUUUCUUACGUGAGGAUUUGUUAAAUUUGUUUUUUUUUAAUGCCCCUUACUGUUGCUUCUGUGGGAGCAAAUUCUCUAAAUCACUUCUUCGGUAUAGCAUCAAAAACCUUUCGUUCCAAGUGUGCAUCUAGUACCUAUUUGAUAGUGAUAUUAUCGAAGUUAAAGUAUUUUUGUCUUCGCGUUUCUGCUGCGUUUUAAAUGCGUCAUCAUUGAACACUUUCAUCAUACCUCAAUAGGUUACUGACGUAAAAACAUGUCAUGUAAAUAAAUCAUUACUACUGAACGAAGAGUUCAUCUCCAGAAAAACACAGAGAGAAAAAGAAUAAUGUUGAAAAUAUCGAAAGCGAGUAAACAUAUAAAUUUGCGCAGCUUUAAUUUUGUUUAGAUAUUGGUAGUAUAGCAUGAGGACAUAAGAAUUCCUUUCCAAUUUCAUAAUCUGUAAUAUAGGUCAGCGCUACUGAAUGCGACAUAGAUUCACGAUGCACAUCAAAGUGAGUUAAAUAUAGAAGUUUAAUACGAACUUUUUCUGGUCAUUGUAACACUAUUGCUUACCUAAAGUUAGCGAAAAAAAGCAGCGAAGGAGAAACGCCAGAGGUGCCAAGGUGAUAAAUAAGCUCUAGGGUUUUGAUGCCUUGUUCAUGUGUCCAGAUCGAUACAAAGGCUGACCUAGAAUAACAAAGGAAAGCUUCAGUAUAGGUAUAGUCUUGUGUAUUUUUUUGUGAAAUGUGUGAACUGUAUGCCAAAGGAAGACAUAUUUUUUAAAUCGCUUUCGCUUUAAAUAAAUUUAAAAUUAGCAAUCGUUGUUUUGUCAUCACCGCCAUUACUGUCAUACCUUAUACAUCUGUCGAUGCGAUUAUGUACAGCUGUACUUCGAUGAUGUUAGACGUUGUUUUUUAACCUAUAGAAGACAAGAUCCUGAAGCGCUAUGCUUACUGUUGCUAUUAAAGGAAUUCAUUUCUUUUUUCACCAUUUUCCGCGUGCAAAUGUGUGAGCUACAGUUAACGGACGGAGUUGGCUCAUAUAACCUAGAUACGUUGUUAAUGAAGUUCCCAGGCGAUUACCCAUACUCGCCUCCUUCUGUUCGAUUCUUAACGAGGUUGUGGCACCCGAAUGUUUAUGAAAAUGGUGAUCUCUGCAUUUCCAUUCUUCAUCCACCCGUUGAUGAUCCGCAGUCUGGCGAACUGCCUUCGGAGAGGUGGAAUCCCACUCAGAAUGUCAGGACUGUUCUACUAUCCGUAAUAUCAUUGUUAAAUGAGCCCAAUACGUUCUCGCCUGCAAAUGUGGACGCUUCUGUGAUGUAUCGUCGGUGGAAAGAAAGCAAUGGGGAAAAUAAAGAGUACGAAGAAUACGUUCGAAAACUGGUGGCCGACACCCAGGUUGAGGCGGCCCGUGACAAUGUCAAGGUUCCAACCACCAUUGAAGAGUACGUCGCAACGUGGCGGGCACCCGGCCAUGGACACGGCGGCGGAAGCAGUCAUCACAGACAGGAUGUCCCCGAUUGUGAUUUCUAUGACGACGAUUAUGACGACUAUGACGAAGACGACGAUGAGGCAGGUGACGAAGACCAAGAUAACGGAAGCGAUGAUUCGGGUAACGGCGAAUCGUGAACCCUUCCGAAGCCAUUGAGAAACAAGUCUGGCCUUAAAAAACAUUUAAUUGUCCGGGUUCUUCGGCGUCAUGAUGCAGAUGUCAGAAAAAAUGCCAAUCAUUGCCGCUGUCGUUGUCGGAGACGCCAAAGCGUGAUGUUGUUCAAGCAAUGCUAGUAUCGAACAUAAGUCAAAGCAGACUGUUUAUAAUGAGCAGAGGAUGGACGGGUUUUUUUUUCGAGCCAGCCUGGUCCAAACAAGACUAACCACAAACAUCUGCCUUUUCUGCCUCAGAAAGUUCUUAAGGAGAAGAGUGGGAAAACGGGAACCAGCCGAAUCUGAUAUCAUUCAUAAAGGAAACCAUAUGACCACAGGCAGAAGAAUGCUCGCAAAAACGAUAGUAGCCAGAGCAAAGAUUUUUGACAAUAAUAGUGGUGGUGAUUAUGUUGGUGAUGAUCAUGGUAGUGAUGUCGAUUGUACUGCGAAUAGCGUGGUACGCUAGAACAGAACAAUCUAUCUUUCUCUCCCAUCACCACUCCGCAGGUAGUGUUUGGCGGUCACGGCUAACUGUUUCGUCGAUAUAUUUAGCGCAACGAAGACAGAUAUUUUGUGGCGGGGGUUGAAAUCACCGAUCGAAAUUGUGCCCCAUACGCCUCCUGUUCUUGUUUUCACGGGCUAGUGUGAUGCUAUGGCUCCAAAACCAUUUUUAACUUCCGAGUCUAUUGAUAAUCAUUAAUCAAUUACCAUCAUCAUUAAUAUAGAUCGUGGUAGAGAUAGUCUCAUAAUGUUUGGUGAAUGAACCGUAAUUACACUAGAUCAUCAGUAUGAUAUAAUGCAACAGCAGCACCUACAAAUACAUGACACUCACAUACACACACACUUGAGAGUAGAUAAAAAUGAACGCAAAACAAGCACAGGAAGGUUUUUCGUAAAGAAGCGCCUAAGAAAUACAUAAAUAGUAUAUAGUCGUUCUAUAAGCAGCUGCUCGGCGGCUCUACGCCCUGACACGUUUUCUGUCUCCUUGACAGAGUCUUCGUAGAGUCUCUAGAAGUUCUCCGCUAAAGCCCUCCCUGAUAAAGUUCCGAUCAUUUAUAGCUUGGUAGUCGCGUCCUCCUUUGAGUGUUUCAAAUUAACAAAACGUGUAAAAAAUGUGAUUUCGUUUGUUCCCAUAACUUCUAAUAGCGCAUCUUUUAUAGUAUAUUUGGGCAUUUCAACAAUACACACAAUAAUGUACAGAAGAGAAAUGAAAAGUAUAUGAAACAUAAAUCCACUUUUCCCUCGGAUAGAUCUGCACACUGCUAUUAAUUUGAGCAUCAUAAUUAUCAUUGCUGCUUAUUAUGACUGUCGUAAGAUUACUCUCCAAUGUGAUAAUACUUCUGCAGCACGCAUGACACGGUAAGGAUUCAAUCGCGAAAGAGGUAAGGAGACGAUGGCUUUGAAGGUGAUUGAUUUGGUCUGCGAGGUGAUACCUAUGACAAUGUUCUUAUUGACUGAUGUCAUUUUAUUAAUGAAUAAUUAUAGGUAGCAGUACGUGAGCUAUCUACGUAGUGCUGAAUACAGAUGCGAGAUAAGAAUUAUUAUUAAUAAUAACAAUAAUAUAAUAAUAAUAAUGACGCGGUGUGAACGAUGGUACGGUAGAAAUGGCAAAUAGGUCGUUUGCUAACGUCGAUAAACGGUUUGUAGAUAUUGGAGGAUAUAAACGAUAAUAAUGGUCAGGUGUAGCAAGAUAUAUAAUACCUUGCCGAGGAAUGGCUGUACUUCACAUGAAAAUGGGCUAUAUAUAUAUAUAUAUAUAUAUAUAGGCCAAGGAUGA